AUGAGGAUAGGGACCAAAAGCGCUGCUUUAAGUAACCGAUAUAUCUACUACCCAGAUCACCUCGUUCGGCUCCCCGGGCCCGGCGGCGGCGUAUCCUUCUUUGAUACCCUACGGGACAUGCUGCAGGAGCCAGCAUACGAGGGCUUGCUAAGAAGCUUGUUAGGCGAGCCAUUUAAGGAUUGUCGGGACCCAAAGGUCCGCGAUGAAUCAGUAGCAAGCUUUCUUCUCAGGAGAUUUGGCCCAGCCCUUGUUGACAAUCUUACUUCCGCGUUUCUCCAUGGAGUCUAUGCCGGUGAUAUCGACAAACUCAGCAUGAAAGCUACUAUGCGCCAGUUAUGGGAUGAUGAGUUUGGACCUGGCAUUAUUAUAAACUUAAUGAACAAGAGCCUAUCUCGAAAGCCUGUUUACUAUAAACACAACAGGAUACAGGUACUGAGAGCCAUAAGACGUGAAUACUCUUCAGAAUUCAACAUCCGAGUGGGUCUAAUGUUCGCUCCAGGCUAUAUCUUGUACCUGGAGGGUGGAAUGCGUUCCCUUGUAUCAGCUCUGUCCCGGGAGCUGACAAGGCUUCCUAACGUUGAGAUUGUGCGAAAUGCCGCCGUAACUCAUAUUCAGUAUGACAAAGCCAAAGCGUCUAUGAUAAUUAAGCUCUCUUCGGCUAUAAACAAGCCACCAGCGAGAUAUGACUAUGUUAUUUCGACAACUCCAUCCACGGUACUGGCAGACCAGCUACGUGGGCCGGGGGGGCGAACUCCGCCCACUGCUACUUCGAGGAUGUUAGCAGCAAAUGACUAUGCCGUGAGCGUCAUGGUGGUUAAUCUCUUCUACAAGAACCCUGAUCUCAUUCCGACACAAGCGUUUGGGUACUUGAUACCUCGCUCUGUGCCUUUUGAACAGAAUCCAGAACGAGCAUUGGGGGUGAUGUUCGCCAGCCAUGCAGUUCGUGGCCAGGACAGCGCGGUUGGAACAAAGUUGGCGGUGAUGAUAGGUGGCCACUGGUGGGAUGGAUGGAACAAGUCUGAUCUGCCAGACGAGCAGGCAGGCAUCGCCAUGGCAAAAUCAGUACUCGCUCGCCAUUUGGGGAUUGUUGAUGAGCCGGUCGUCGCAAAAGCUCGACUGCAGUACAAGGCAAUACCGCAAUACACUGUUGGACAUUGCGAUCGGAUGGAAGAUUUACAUGAGGAUUUAUGCCGGGAUUAUGACUCUCGUCUCAAGGUUGCUGGCGCUUGGUACACGGGUGUGGGAGUGAAUGACGGGAUCACUGCUGGUCGAGCAAUAGCCACCGCUCUCCAUGCUGGAAAUACUAAGGAGACCGGGCUGGAGGACUACGUGAAUCCCACACAGCCAGUGCUUGCUGCCGUCCUAUAG